GUGGCCGUGCAGUGGCUUUGAUAGCUUGACAAUAAGACAGCGUUUGCCGCACACGGUGCUAAGUUGAAGACUUCACUCGUUCUUCGUCCACAGAAGCACGUCGCCAACAAGGAUGACUGGACGACCGCAACGCGUGGACAUCUCUCUCAGCUGUUAAAUCACUGCGCGGAAAUUGACAAGCACACGCAACAGAAAACAGCUGGGACUAUCCAUAAGUAUUUGAUUCAUAUUCAAGCCAUCCUGCCUGCCCGGAAGCUGGCAGAAAAUUCAUGGAGCCGCCAUCUUCAAAUCGCAAUGGCCGCCCGAGACCUCGGAAUCGUCGGCGCAGAGAUAACCAGCCUGGCGACGGACCGCACUUCAGCUUUGCUCGGCACUCUGCAGCAGAGCGAAGUGCUCAGCGAACCUCCGCCGCUGAAUUCGGCUGAGUUUUUUGAUAACAGGGCGCAGGAACAGAGAUGCGUCGGCACAAGCCAUUCGCGCAAGAUCCGGGACCAGGGCCAGGAGGGGUGCAACGCGGGGAAGAGGACGGCCCCCGUUUUCAGGAGGUCCUGGCAGAGGAGGGCGUCGCGGAGGUCGAACCCAGCAACACGGCACCCUAUGUAGCAGCACUCGAAGUACAGACCAUGGCUCGUUCGACGACGGUCCUUCCGGGCCGUGUUGUGACGAGAGCGUUCCAGGUGAUGACUCUCCGAGUAACUACUUCGAUGACCGGUCGACGUUCCCGGUCGGUACCGAUCGACCCUCACGUAGCAAGGCGGUUUCUUUCCCGACGUUUGCCGAUAUAACAGCCGCCAUGACACUGCGGCGAGAAGAAAUUGGACUUGCGAGCGAAAAGUCUGUCUCGUUGCACGUCCACGACUGCUACUUACAAGCGGCAUCCUCGGAUGUGCGGGCUACACUAGGCAGCUUUCGACUUGUCCCCGACAGGGGCCUUGGGCGUGUCGUCACGAUUGCCAACUGUGACCCGGUCACACUUUGUGGCGCCGCCGUCGCCUUCUGCGACCCUGAAAAGCAGUACAUAUGCUAUGGUGAGAUCCUGAGGCUCGAUGGGAAACUAGUCGCCUUGCUGUUCGAUGGCCUGGGAAUUACCGACGACGAGGAAAGUCACGAAUUUGUUCUGGUCAAACUGAACUUGGCAGCAAGCUGCUUCAUCAACCAUCUCGCUUCGCUGCAUUCAAAAUCGUUUGAUGACAUGAAGCGAGUGAAAUCGCUGCUUCAAGGAGAAGCAUGCGAGUCUCUUGAGUCAGGACUUCAUGUCACCCAUGAUGAGGCUGCAAUAAAAACUGCGCUUGAUUCAUCAUUGAACAGCAGUUCGGCCAAAACACAUCCUUUUGAUGAAAAUCAAGUGAUUGCCGUGAAAGCUGCAGUCACUUCUCAAAGCGGUGUGUUAAUUCACGCGCCUUCUGGCACCGGUGACAAAGAGCUGCUGAGGGCCGCAGUGGAAGUGACUCUCACUGUUGAUAGCUUAAAGAACAGAGGGCCGAUACUUGUGGUAGGCAGCGGGAUAACUCCUAUGUUCAAAAACAAACCAGAUGGCUUAUUUUGUUUGGACACCGAAGUUGGCAAAGCAGCAGAUGCCGUUCAGGAGUCCGCGUCAGCUAUCUUAUCGAAAGGAAAAAUGAACGAGGGUCUCCUCAAGAUCAACAAGGUAUUGAAAGACCUGAGCACUUUGAAGAGUACAAUCCUCCACCAGUCUCGAUUUCAUGGGAUCACUCGCGAGUUCUCAGCCAAAAGGAGUGAAGAGAGAAACUGCGUAGAAAGGUGGCUGAUGCAGGGGGUUAGUCGCAGCGACAUGUUGGCUGUUGUGUCAGCAGCCGAUAUUGACGCUUACCGCGAGGACUGCCAGUAUAUGUUAGAAGGAACCAAAUCAAACCGUUCAGUUCGCUUUCGUUACGAAAGGGCUCCUCAAACUUCCCAAGGCGCCGAAGGUUUCCCCGACGACUUGAAAGCAGCUUACAUAUGGAAAACUCUCAAGUCAACGGGUAAGUUACAGCUUCAUGCGGAAUACAAUAUUAUGCAGCUGCAGAAGUGCCACAAGUGGCAGUUAUACAAGCAGUGGACUCUGCGCCUUAGGCAACAUGUCCUCAAUGAACUUGAAGACGCCCAAAAUGAAGUGUUGCACUCUUACCUUCACUGCGGCCAAAUGCUAUCGGAAAAUGUGUCGCGUCCGACUUCUGAGGCUUCUGUGAUUGCUGCCUCUGUGACCACAGCCAUCGCGCAUAGUGCCGUCAUCGAGUCUGUGCAACCUAAGGUCUUAGUUUUGUUCCGAGCGCAUCAAGUCCCAGUACUGCUUGCUGGUAGUCUCUUCUGCAGCAGCAUAUCUAGACUCGUUCUUAUAGGGGACACCGUAUGUUCACAAGGAAAAUCUUCGUCACUUUGGUCAUGUGCAUUCAGCAGCCAAGGCUUCGAGCUGCACGAACUGAGCGUUCAGUAUUUCCUCUCGCAGCCCGUCUGCAACCUUCUAGCACCGUUCACAAAGAAUGUGUUGAAGUCGGGUUGCAGUGUUGAGCCUCUCAGGGGUGUUGCGGAGUCAGCUCAGUUUUUCGACAUUCCAGAAGAAGAAGCGGUCUUGAUGAUAUCUCGGCUGUGCCAUCAUUUGAAGACACAUGGCUACCAAGCAAGAGAUGUGGCUAUUGUUACGGUCUCGCCAUCCACUGCUGUGGCUACACAGACGUUGGCCGAAAAGUUGCGGCAAGUAGGGUGCGCAUACACUGUAUGGUCUCUCAAGACCUUAUCUUCAUCUUUUUGUAAAAUCCUAAUCUUGCUCAUUGGUUCGGGCGCUCCAGGCUCAGAUCUCGCUGCUGCUCUGAGCAGGGCACGUUGUGCAGUGUACGGCUUCGGAAGGCUUGCAAGCACCGAUGAGAGCUGCCAAAACGUCUUCAACACGGCUCACGAAAACAACAGGCGUGCUAAUCCAGCUCUUUCUCUGUCGUGCGUGCGCCACCCGGGAACGAUUGUCUGCAUCGAGUCGGGAGGUGAUUUUGUGACAAAGUUGCAGCAGACUGGAGGGUGCAUGCAACCAUGUGGUGCUAAGAGACGCUGUGGUCACGCGUGCCUAGAAAUGUGCCACGAGGGAGAUCACCCACGCUCUUGUGACUGGCCCUGCCCGAAGAAUAUUUGCAGUCGUAACCAUCCCUGUCGUAACAAGUGCUCCGAGCGAUGCACUGAGCGCUGCUUGGUUGUCGUUACUGAUAAACUGCCUUAUUGUACGCACACUGCUACACUCCCUUGUUACAAGUGGGAACAAGGUUACGUACCUGUUGCAACACCACUUCCUGAUGCUGCACCUGCUAGCCGAUCUGGCGUGCUCAAGUACAAGUGCAAAAUCCCAGUUACCGUAAACCUGAAAUGCGGACACACAGCCCAGGUACCAUGCUUUGAGAACCGGGCUUCAGAGGGCACAGAUGCUAGUUCAUUUAGACCUAUAGGUGACUUGUCCUUGCGCCAUUACAAGUGCACGAUGCCAGUUACCGUAAACCUGCAGUGCGGACACACGAAACAGAUUCCAUGCUUUGAGAAACCGUCUAUGUUAUCGAUAGGUGCUUCAGCAUUCGAACCUCCUGGCGUCUUGUGCCAGCACAAGUGCACCGUGCCAGUUACUGUGGUCAGGGACUGUGGACAUCGGUUACAGAUUGCCUGCUUCGAGAAUCAGCUCAGAACGACCACAGAUGCCUCUGAAUUUGUAUAUCGCAAAGACCGAGUCAUCUUGCCUCAGUGUCGGGAAUCUGUACUAGUGACCCCUUCAUGCGGUCAUACAAAAACCAUACCAUGCUGCGACAAAGCUGGAUAUCGGUGCGACGUCUCGGUAUCGGCCGUGCGACCUUGCGGUCACUCUUGUUACGUCUCUUGUGGAGCGGACCGUAGGAUCUUCCCGCCAUGCACUGUGCAAGUCCGUGUUGUUCUAGGCUGUGGCCAUCCACUUUACGGGUCCUGCAACAGAAUCUCCGCGUCGAAAUGCACAAAGUACGUCGAGAGAACAUUGCCUUGUGGGCACAGAAUAGACGUGGUUUGCAGCCAACCUAGUCCCCAGUGCCGUGUUAUUGUUUCCAAGUUGCUUCCAUGCGGCCACGUUAAUGUAAAGCCCUGCUUCGCCAGCGCUGCUCCCUGCGAAAAUAGAUGUGGUUACGUAUUUCGCUGUAAGCACACGUGCAAAUUAGCAUGCGGCAACCACCCGCACGAAGACAGGUGCCAAGAUUGCAAGGACAAGUGCUCCAUUUCAUAAUGGCCAUAAAUUUGGACAGACCUCAAA